AUUAAUGAAAAAGAAAAAAUUAUUUGACCCGAUCCGAGUCGAACAACCCAGUCCAAUUCAGUCAUAAAUUCUUCUUCAGACAGAUCCCCACCGUCACCGGACACAAAAUAACCUCAGAAAACAAAAAAAUGGAGGAUUCUCAUAGUGACAGUAGCACUGCCGUCGACACGGCGAAAGCCGAGAGAUCUGUGUGGAUGAUGAAGUGUCCGCCAGUAGUCUCCAAGGCAUGGCAGGCUGCCGCGGCCUCCGCCGAUUCGCAGCCGGUCGCCAAAGUCGUUGUCUCACUUGAUCUCCUUAGCUCCGAAGAACCCUCCGACCUUCAAUUUACCAUGGAGAUGGCUAGCAGUGAGGUUGUGAAUGUUCCUAAAAGUUACUCUCUUAAUAUGUCCAAGGAUAUCGUUCCCAUGUGUAUUUUCUCUGAAGCUGAUCAAGGAGGGGUUGCAGUGGAAGGAAAAGUCGAACAUAAAUUUGACAUGAAGCCCCAUCAUGCGAAUAUUGAUGAGUAUAGGAAACUGUGUCGUGAAAGGACAAACAAAGCCAUGAUCAAGAAUAGACAAAUACAGGUGAUUGAUAAUGAUCGUGGAGUGCACAUGAGGCCCAUGCCUGGAAUGCUAGGCAUGACUAUGUCCACUUCCAAGGAUAAGAAGAAAAUAGCUCCGGUUAAGGGGCCCGAUGUGAAAAGAACUAGAAGGGACCGUGGGGAGCUGGAAGAUAUCAUGUUUAAGCUUUUCGAAAGGCAACCUAAUUGGACCUUGAAGCAGCUUGUCCAAGAGACUGAUCAACCUGCGCAAUUUUUGAAAGAGAUAUUGAAUGAGCUAUGUGUUUAUAAUAAAAGGGGAACAAACCAAGGAACGUAUGAGCUCAAGCCAGAAUAUAAGAAAACCGUUGAGGAUACAGGUGCUGAAUAAUGUCUAUCCUCGACUGUAUAUUAGAUUGUGUGGUUUAAGAGGAUUACAGCUAAUUAAGAAAACAAGUCUGCAAUAACACCCAACCCAUACUUUCAAGAUUUUAAAAUGUGCAGAUGUUUACCAUCCUUGUUAAAGUCAAGAAAAGAGUAGAUAAUGUUGAAGAAUCAUAUAGUUAUAUGCACUUGUUUAAUAUAUCUACUUUUGGUAUUUUCCUUUCCCACCCUCUUAUUUUGAGAUAGCUUUGCAUAAACUCAACACAUUUGGCGAAUUUUUCAGGGAUAAAUUGUGGAUUCUGUACA